UUGGGGUGGGAACUCUGCAAAAGGUGCGAAAGUUUAAAAAGGGAUUUUUAACGCAUCUUUUCUGGUGUUUCGUUGCAUUUUUAAAAUCAUCUCCACAUUCGCGAAAAGGGAAGGAACUUUUUUCAUACCCAGUGAAAAAUCAACUGUGUGUUUCUACCUUAACUUUGAGGCAAACUGCGCGGCCGUUUCACUUUUACCCUUUUUUGCGGUUGUAAGAAUCAAUAGGCUCCUCCCGUUCUGGGAAGCCUGCUACGUCCCAUGUCAUUGGUCAUCCAGUGGCAAUAUAAAUAGUGUUGCUGCUGCUGAAGACCAUCGAUCUUUAGGAACAGAAGAAUGGCUGGAGGUCCUGACUCCGUUUGGGUUCCCUUCCUUCUCAUCUGUAUCUUCCAUGCAGCUGACGGCGGCCUCGUUUUCCAGAGAGGCAACCCGAAUAUCCUGCCCGGGAUUCCAACAGUUAACAAGGGACUAUGCGCUGAGAUGGAGGAAAAGCUGGCUUCCAUGAACACGCAGCUUCAGGAAACAACCCAACGUAACAGCCAGCUGGAUGAGGACGCCUCGGCGUUGAGGAGGGAGGUCAGGCAGCUGGCGCUGAAGCUCUCCACCUGCAGUUCGGCCAUGACGUCCAUCGCUGGCUCAUAUCACGCCCAGCUGCAGAGCAAGAUGAACCACCUGCUGGAGGCCAUCGACAGCGAGAUGUUUCAAGUUUUAAAGAUUGUGGCCCUAACCAGCGAUGUGAGAGCUUUGCGCAAGAAGUUUGAAUCCGCUGUUAAUUCAAAUGGAAAUUCGACCGAGAGAACAGCUCUGCAGAAAGAACUGAACACAAAGACCUCCGAGCUGAAAGCUAUGAAUGAAAAACUUAACAGGAGCAGUGAAAGCAUGGAGUUAAUCCUAGAGAUAAUCUCCCUGCAACAUCAGAUCUGGGAUCUGCGGCAGACCGAAUUAAGCGGCAAAGAUGCUGUUAAUGUUGACAGCAGACGUCUGGCUCUACAAGAGAUCCUGGACAGGAAGCUAAGCGAGCUGCAACGCCACGAAGCCACCCUGUCUGCCAUGCUGGAGAUGAUUUCUGUGCGCAGUCAGCUGAGGACGAUCACCAAAAGGAUCAAGGUCCUGACCGAGAGAAUCGAAAUGGAAACUUCCAAUGCUGAGAGGCAAUUGAGACAAAAGACUGAGCAACUGAGGAAAUUAAUUCUGCUGCUGAGUACUCGGGAAAAUGACAAGAACCUCACCCGGGAAAUUCUGAGGCUGCAGGGGGAGGUGGACACCCUGUCAAAGUUGGUUUCAAGUAAAACGACACCCACGAUCACAGGUGAAUGGGCCCACGCACAACACAACGGCCUGCAGGGCAAAGCACUUUAUUGGGAUUUUAUGUGA